AUGGGUUCUCUAAAUCAUGCAUUACAUAGUAUUAUUACUAGAAAAAGUAAUGUUUGCUGCUUAUGCUUUAAAACAAUAAUAGAAGACAAUCCUGUUAAUAUACAAGAUGAAGUUGUUUUAAAGGACGACAAUAAUAAAAAAACUAUUAAAAUAUUCGAUGUUUUAUUAUUCGUUCUAGGUUAUGAGACUUGUAAUAAUGUAUGUGCACUUGAAAUUUUAUGCAAGCAAUGUACACGUUCCAUUGUGACAUGCUAUAAGUUUAUAUCAACUUCAAAAGAAAAUACAGAGUUACUAAGCAACGCUCUUUACAGUUUAUCUAAUUGUUUUGAUAACACAAACGAUAAUUACUUUGAAUGCAAAACCUUAUUUGUUACCUUGGAAAGAAAUAGCUUAGCUACUCAACAAUAUUAUGACAAUAAGCAUCCUGUCACUUCCACUUCAAUGGCAUAUAAAAGAUUUAAAUCUAUGUUUGAUGUAGAUUCAAAGCCAAAUGUUAAAAAUGAAUCAUCAGUAAAUAAGGAGAGGACAGUCAAUAUUAUAAGAAAAAAAAGAAGAGAUUACUUUUCUCUACCUCUCAAAACCAGUGAAAUGUUGUAUGAUAAAAAUGAUAGAAGCAAUUUGAAAUGUAAAGUUUGCUUGAAGAUAUAUCCCUCGUUAUCUAGUUUAAGGAACCAUUUUAUAAGAGUUCAUGCACCAAAGGACUAUAAAUGUUCAAUUUGUGAAAGAAAAUUUGGAUCUGUGGCACUUUUAGAAGCACAUAAGAGUGAAAGCCAUUGUACACUUGUUUGUAGCGAAUGUGGGAAAACAUUUCACAAUCGUCACACAUUGAAAAUGCAUGAAAUAGGGCACUACUUAAAAUUAGUGUGUCAAGAUUGCGGUAGAGUUUACAAGAGCCAGACUACAUUUAAAAAACAUAUUGAUUUAAAUAUUUGUGGCCAAAAAACAAGAGCUUCUCCAGCUGAUGCGAAGUUUACUUGUGAUUAUUGUAAUAAAAAAUAUACUCAGAAAGUAUCAUUAAGAGUACACAUACAAUAUGAGCAUGGUAAUUAUAAAGGACAUGAAUGUAAAUGGUGUAAAAAAAAGUUUUGGGCUCAAAGUCGAUUGAAGGCCCACAUAGUUAAGCAUACUCAAGAAAAGAAGUUUCAGUGUUCUAUGUGUGGAGGCAAGUUUGUAUCUAAAGAAUCCUUGUUAUAUCAUACUCGCACUCACACUGGGGAAAAACCUUACAAAUGUGAUUUUUGCGAUAGUAGAUUUCUUUCAGCAUCGAGAAGGGCUGAUCACACAAAGCGUCACCAUUCGGAUGCUACUUUUCAGUGUGAUAUAUGUAACAUAAAAUAUACUACUCAGUUAUGUUUAGAAAAACAUAAGAAAACCCAUGAAAAAUCAGAUAAGCUUACUUUACAUUUACAAAUUCCAAAAGGCUUGUCAGAUGAAGAUGAAAUUUUUCUGGAAGUUUCUGAUGAUGAUUAUAACAUAACUGAUCAUGUU